AUGUCCCACAAUCAUCACAUGGCACACAUGGACCAUAAUAUGAAUGGCUCAGCAAUGCCCACUCCAGGUCCUCACGCACACCAUCAUGCCACAGCAUCAUCGGGACACAUGCAUGGUGGAGGGAUGAUGGACAUGACCUUCCAUUUUGGCUAUAAGAAUGUGCCUUUGCUGUUUUCUGGGCUCAUCAUCAACUCAGCCAGAGAAAUGGCUGGUGCAUUUGUGGCCAUCUUCCUCCUGGCCAUGUUCUACGAGGGCCUGAAGAUUGCCCGUGAGAGCCUCCUCCGGAAGUCACAAGUCAGCAUCCGCUACAACUCCAUGCCAGUCCCAGGACCAAAUGGCACAGUCUUGAUGGAGACGCACAAAAAAGUCGGGCAGCAGAUGCUGAGCUUCCCUCACCUCUUCCAGACCAUGCUGCACAUUGUCCAGGUGGUGGUCAGCUACUUCCUCAUGCUCAUCUUCAUGACCUACAAUGGCUACCUCUGCAUUGCUGCGGCAGCAGGCAUAGGGACAGGCUACUUCCUCAUCAGCUGGAAGAAGGCUAUCGUGGUGGAUAUCACAGAGCAUUGCCAUUAA